AUGAUUCUGUGGAUAAAUGGUAUCACAAAUUUGUCUUAUGAUGAUCAGGUGAACACUUUUAGACUUCUUUCCGCCAUGAUGUCAGACAAAUGUCGACUGGUGUUCAGCGCUGAUAUCACACACGACAGAGAUACUAUCCUAAAAGCAUACAAUGACGAUGAAGGCUGUAGCAGAACGUUUAUCCAACAUGCCAUUGUAAGGUUAAACAAAGACGAAGGAAGUCAGAUCGCAUUGACCAGCUUUAAGUAUGCUGUAGAUUUUAUAUCUGACAACAACCCCGAUAAGAUGAGUUUCGUGAGGGCCUAUAUACAAGCUACGAGAAACAUCAGGUACCCAAUUCCUGGGCUUGGUAUAGACCUUCAAAUGAAGAAAGGAGAACGACUAUACUUCCACGAAGGCGCUGGAUUUAGUUGUAAAUAUACAUUAGAACAGCUACAGUAUAUGGUCGAGAAAGCUGGGCUCCGUCUGGAGAAAACCUGGACAGAUGACAAAAAGCGUGUUGUUUUCUGUCAGUGUACAAAAACUUCAUAA